CCCCAGACCAGUAGGAUGCUGCUCACGGGGCCCCCAACCCUCCUCCUGCUGCUCUGGGGGGGUUUGGCCCUGACCCAGACCUGGGCGGGCCCCCACUCCCUGAGACAUUUCCUCACCGCUGAGUCCCGGCCCGGACAUCGCAAGCCCCGCUUCGUGGUCGUCGGCUACGUGGACGACACGCAGUUCGUGCGGUUCGACAGCGACUCCGCGAGCCCGAGGAUGGAGCCGCGGGCGCCGUGGAUGGAGCAGGAGGAGCCGGGCUACUGGGACCUGAACACGCGCAACGCCGAGGUCGCCGCACAGAGUUUCCGACUGAACCUGGACAUCCUGCGCGGCUACUACAACCAGAGCCGGGACGGGUCUCACACCUUCCAGUUGAUGUUUGGCUGCGAAAUGGGACCCGACGGCCGCCUCCUCCGCGGUUAUGACCAGUCCGCCUACGACGGCACCGACUACCUCGCCCUGAACGAGGACCUGCGCUCCUGGACCGCGGCCGACACCGCAGCUCAGAUCACCCGGCGCAAGUGGGAGGCAGAAGGUGUAGCGGAGGAAAGGAGACACUACCUGCAGGGGGAGUGCCUGGAGUGGCUCAGCAGAUACCUGGCGAUGGGGAAGGAGGCGCUGCAGCGCGCAGACCCUCCAAAGACACACGUGGCCCACCACCCCAUCUCUGACCGUGAGGUCACCCUGAGGUGCUGGGCCCUGGGCUUCUACCCUGCGGACAUCAGCCUGAGCUGGCAGCGUGAUGGGGAGGACCAGACCCAGGACAUGGAGCUGGUGGAGACCAGGCCUGCGGGGGAUGGGACCUUCCAGAAGUGGGCGGCCCUGGUGGUGCCCCGUGGAGAGGAGCAGAGAUACACGUGCCAUGUGCAUCACGAGGGGCUGCCCGAGCCCCUGACCCUGAGAUGGGAGCCGCCUUCUUGGGCCACCAUCCCCGCUGUGGGCCUGGUUGUGGGCCUGGUCAAUCUUGGAGCUGUGCUCACUGGAGCUGGAGCUGGAGCUGUGAUGAUGUGGAGGAGGAAGCGCUCAGGUGGACAAGGAGGGAGCUAUGCUUAGGCUGCCAGCAGCUACAAUACCCAGAGCUCUGAUCAAUCUCUCUUGGCUUUUAAAGCGUGAGGCACGUGCCUUGUGGGGGAACCAGUGAUGGGAGAUUUGUUCGAGCUCCUACUUUGUGAUUCAAGAACCUCUGAUUUCCUUCUGCAAAUGACAUUUGAAUGUAUGUGUUCCCAUCAGCAUAACGUGAGGAGGUCGGAGGCUGGCCCACACCUGCCCACCACUCGCCCUUCUCACAGUUUCCUGUCCAUCAGAGCCCGGCUGGGCCCUCCCCAUCCCUGUCUUUACUUUGUGAUGCUCAGUAGGGAACUGAGUUAUGCGAGAUUUGUCCACACUCCCACUUUGUGACUCAAGUGAAAGGUUAGCAUGGUGAUACGUGGGCAGGCUACAUAGCCAUCUGGAAUGAAAAU